AACAUUUAAAUUUUCAAAAAAAAAUAAAAAAGAAAUAAAUCACUCUAAUUCUCUUCUUUUCCAUCUAAACAAGAAAAUGGCAAAAUUUCCAUUAGGAAUAUGUCUAAUGUUUAUGAUAACAACAAGUACCAUAUAUGAAGUGCAGGGACAUUUUUUAUUAGACCAUUACUUGACGAAAAUUCCUAAAUUAUCCAGCGAGUUCGAACCUUUCGCUUUCAAGGGUAUAAAUAGUUUUAUAGACCACCUUGAAGGUUUAUGUCCCCUGAAGGCGGACUACAAGGAGUUCUUCACAAAGCUGAAGGAUUUCAUGGCCUUCAUAAACUCAGCUUCAGGGUCGUCUUCAGAGUUUCAUUCUCAGUUGAAAACAAAAUCUGAAGAGCUCUUCAAGGCUAUCACUAAAAUGGGUGGCAAAGCAGGACCAUCGGCACAUACAAGCAAAUUGAUAGAAUGUUUGAUGUCCAUGGGAAAAACUUUGGCUGAGUACAAGAGGAGUGGUUCACAAACACUGACAAGUGAACAAAAGACAGAGCUGGUCUCAUCAAUGUCGAAAUGGGCACAAGUGAUCGGUCAGUUUGUGAAAUCCGUAACUGAGAAGAGUGGUGGCGGUAAUAUUGAUCUCAAAUCCCUUGGCUGUGGAGGUGGAACCUCGGUCAACGUCGCUUCCUCCAUGAGAGCAGCUGGAAGCACUGGUAGCAGUGAAGCUUCAAGCUCCAUGCAAGGUGAAAGCUCUGCUGAGGCCGGAAGUACAGCUGAGGCUGGAAGUACAGCUGGUGCCGGUAGUGGAGCGGGUGAUGGUGAAACUCCUGGUGCUGCUGGCCCCAGUGGAAGCCCAACUGAUGUUAGCUCAGCUGAAUCAGGAGAAAGUUCCAAGGAUGAAAGCUCUAAGGAUGAAAGGUCCAAAGAUGAAAGCUCCAAAGACAAAAGUUCCAAAGAUGAAAGCUCCAACAAAGAUGAAAGCUCCAAAGAUGAAAAGGAUGAAAGCUCCAAAGAUGAAAAGGAUGAAAAGGAUGGAAGCUCCAAAGAUGAAAAGGAUGAAAGCUCCAAGGAUGAAAGCUCCAAAGAUGAAAGCUCCAAAGAUGAAAAGGAUGAAAGCUCUAAGGAUAAAAGUUCCAAAGAUGAAAGCUCAAAGGAUGAAAGUUCCAAGGGUGAAAGCUCAAAGGAUGAAAGCUCCAAGGAAGAAAGUUCCAAAGGUGAAAGCUCCAAAGAUGGAAGCUCAACUGGAUCAGAAGAAAGUUCCAAGGGUGCUAGUGGUGCAAGCUCUAAUGAAGAAAGCUCUACUGAGACCCAAAGUGAAACUGGUGCCGAAAGUGGAGCAUCUGCCGGUGCCCCGAGUGGAGGUCCAACCUCUGGCGAUGCUGGUGCUGGUGGUCCAAGCGGAAGUUCAUCUGAUAUGUCGGCAGGAGGAGCAACCGGAAGCACUUCAGGCAGUGGGAGUGCAACUUCGACUCAAACCUCUGCCGAAGGAGAAAGUGCAAUGAAUAGCGGAGCUUCUUUCUCGGACACUACAGGUGGUAGCGGCACGGAAGCUCCCGCCAGUAGCCCCUCUGGUUCAGCUUCAGCUUCAGGUAGUAGUGAAGCCUCCUCCUUAAGUGGAGACUCAUCUUUGCAAGCUGGAAGUUCAUCCACCGGUGCCGCAAGCGGAAGUGCAACUGAUGUCUCCGCCCAAGGAGAGAGUUCGAUGAAGGGAAGCAUCGCAACUCAAAAAAGUUCUGCUAGCUACAAGAAGUCACACAAAGAAUCCUCAGACCAGAGCAGCUUCAAGCAUUCCUCACAGGAGAUAAAAGCCGGCUCUUCUUCAAAUUAAACUCGUCGGUUCUCGGACCAAAUAGGUCAAACACAUAUUAAAUACAAUAAUUUUUAAUAAAGCAAUGGCCCUGCUGAAUUACAGCAGCGAGCUGUAGAAUGUUUUUGCUAAAUACUAGAGAAUUAUCGACAUGCGUUAGCCUUACUGCAUGCAUAAUUUUUUUUUCUACUUUAAAUGCCGUUGUAAAAUAUGAAUAUGAAAGAAUUGUGAGUAUAUGUAUACAUGAUACGUUAAAUAGUGAGAAAGUAAUAAUAAUAAAUUAUAUGCAUAUC